AUGGACCUCUUUCCGCAGGAUGUCCUGUUAAAAACCAAAGAGACGAGCAAUAGCAGUCAAGAGAACCGUGAUCUUCUUUCUCUCGCUUCGCCACCUUCUUCCUACCACACAUCUUCUGAUGCCUCGGAUGCGGAAGGCAGCCAAGGCGAACUUCCCUUCAUCAGCCCGUGUCUCCACUCUGAGGCCUCUGGCGUCCAAAAGGCUACACCUGGGACAUCGCCGGGAUAUCGCGCGACUGCUCCACCCUCGCCGUGUCUGAGACGGUCGCUUUCAAGAGCGUCGCUACCCUCGCUUGAUCUCGGUCCGCGCUCGACUGAUCCGCCAGCGGCCGCUUCGUUGCGCACUGCCUCUGGCGAAGCGACACUCGCCGACAAGCUAUGCUCAGGGACUAGAGAUCUCCUCUCCGGAGUUGCUCGUGACGGGCCAGCGACAGAAUCCUUUUUGACUCGUGCUCAUGAGCGGUCAGCCUCUUCCCUGGUCUCCGAUCUGCGCGCUUCAUGCGCUCCUGCCUGUCUCCCUGCGGUGGACGACGCCGACAACACCAGGCCGUGCCAGACUCUCGCCCUCGUCUCCACUUUAGAUCCCGCGCCGUCCGCGACUGAACUUUCGAGCUUCAGCUGGCCGCCUUCCCCAAGCGGUGACUGCGCAGGUGGUGGCGGUUCGCCUUCGUCGACCGCUGCUGACUGUGAACGUACCGCAGCCGGUGACCCCGGAGAAGAGGAAGCCCGCGAGUCGGUGCUUCAGCGUGCUCCUUCUCUCCCUGCUCUUUUCUUCUCGCCGGAGACUCCGGCAGAACGCCUCUCUCCGCUCUCAGACGCGUCGGCGUCGAUAUCAGCCGCUUCAUCCGGCUCCAAGUGUCUCGCUUCUUCUGAACUUGCGUCCUCAGACCCGUUUUCUCUCGUCCCGUGUCUUGCCUCUGACCCUCGCGAAGCUACGCACUCCACCGUUCCCUCUCCUUCCGCUGCGGCUUCGGCUUUCCCAGUCUUCCAUCCCCCAGUCGGCGCCGGCGACAGGGUACCCUCGGCCCCUUCGCUUGCCUCUUCAGAGGGCCCCGGCGAGCAAGCUUGCCUGGCGGAGGCGUCCUUCCCAGCUGAGACCGUCGAGAGCCCUGCGGUGAACGGAGACAACUCUGUCCUCUCCGCUCCUGGCAACGCCCGCCAGCGAGACGACACAGCUCCUCGGUUGGCACCCGUACGCUGCGGCUCGUCUUCGGCGCACUGGCCGUUUCAAGGAGGAUCUGAGAAAGAGACAGCAGAGAAGCGAGGCGUGUCGAGCACGGCCGACGUUUCCGCUCAAGUGUCAGGCUCGGAGUCCGACGCUUCCGGAGCCGCUGAAUCUCGCCUCGCAGAUCCAUCUCUCCAGCUCCAGUCUCGCGACCAGGCUCCUGGUGAAGAGAGACCUAGCGACGUCCGUGAAAAAGAGAACGCAGAGCUUGCUUCCGCAGUUCUCUCCGCUCCGGACUGUGCCACGGAAAGAAGCGACAGGGGUACCAGCGAAAGCGUCCCGACACAAAUUUCCCUGUUCUUCCAGAGCCUGCCAGGCGAGACCGCAGUCGUGCCAAGCGAUUCCCCAACCGGUUGUUCUGCGAUUUCGGCCGACAGCGGGGGCGAGACGCAGGCGUCCUUCUAUCCACAGACGCGCGGCGCAAUUGAAGCCGCGGACGCCCAAUUCAAGUUAGAGAGGGAGGCCGAGAGCCGAGAGAGAGAGGGCCCGGAUCACGCUCGCGACGGUUGCAAACAGGCCGAAGCGGAAGCGGGGGCGUGUGGUGCCGUUCUGCCGGUCUUCCACACGGAUGUAGAGCACGUGGGAGCAUCCGAGGGCGACGGCGAAGAACCAGGGGAAGAUUCUAGGCUGUGCUGUCAAGAGAGUGGCAUUUUGGAGGAAGCCGAGGACGCGGAAGUUCAGCAAGGGCUGGAAAGGCGGAUUUGUGGCGAAGUCCGUUCAGGGAGUCGCUCGGUGUCUCAGGGUGAACUCGAGGACGAGACGGAAACAGAGGAAGAAGGACCCGACGGCGAGAGUGAGUCAAAAGCUUUCCUCUCGUCCCUUUUCGAGUUCCCAGAAGCAACGGAGUGUCCCAACCUCGAUCAGAGGGACAGUGAGGUCGCCGGCGAGGACGGGUUUGAAGGAGAGCAAGUAGAGGUUGAGACGUGCAGCCGCAUUCGGCCGUCUGAGGAGGCAUUCGCGCUCGACGAGCGAGGGGGAGAAAAGGAAACUGAGGACCGGAGCGGCAACUUUGAAGCGGACGGAGGAGGUUCUGGCGACGGGUGGCUGGGAGCUGCGGGAAAGGAAGAGACUCAGGAAGGACAAGGCCAUUCGGAAGAACAGGUCGGCGUCGUUUCGACUCCACGAGGAGACAGGAGAAGCCUCCAGGAGCGGGACACAGGCAGGGGUCGAGAGAAAGAAGAAGGAGAAGACGGGCUGGCCGCAGCGGGUCAGGGUGCUGUCGUCGAUGAGCCAGGGGGAUCCCCAAGUGCCGAAGAGGAAGAAGGUUCGGGUGCCGAGGGUCAGGGCGGCGCUCGCGAGCAGGAGGCAGAAGAACGAAAGGAAGAUAUACACGAAGAGGACGAAACAGUAGGUGAGAGAGGCAACGGAGAGCCGAGGGACGCUUCCGACGCGCGCUCAGACGAGGUUGAGGGAGACGAGGAAGUUGAAGUCGCGAGACGUGCACUGGGAGAGCUAGCGACUCUAGACGAGAACGAGGAGAACGAAGAGAGAGGGGAAACGGAGCCAGGCGAGCAGUGCGAAGCGCACCGUCCCGUGGAAGGGGGUGAAUCGUCAGGGGACUCAUCAGGUGAACCGUCAGGUGAAUCGUCAGGCGAGUCGUUAGAAAGAGAAGACGGGGAGCACGAGUGCGCGACCUUUUUUCUCGUUGGCAGCCUCUUGGAGAAGGACGUGCAGGAUCUAGCUGAGGUCGAAGAAAGCCCAGCAGAAGAGAGAGAUACACACCAGCGAUCGUCGUUUGGAGAAGACAGGGAGGCGAAGCUUGCAGACGGCGCUGUUCAGGCAGAAGGCACGACUGAAGCAGGGAAAGCGUUUGGACAGCUCGAGGCGGAGGCGACUGCAUUGCGCUCACCACGUGACGACGAAAGCGAGUGUGUUCCUCAGGAAUCUCAGUGGCUGUCGAUCCGAAGGUCUUCGCGCAUUUUCUCCGAACCGAUUCUGUUCUCUAGCCUUUUGUCUGGGGCGGCGUCCGUCGUCGAAGACUCGAGUUUCCCGGACAUCGCGCCUGGGACACAAGACAGCCAAGCGAAAGGAGAAGAGGAGUUGCAGAAACUCGAGAGGGAAAGGCAGAAUCCCGAGGAAGAACGUCUCCCCGUGUGUGCUCCGUGGGAAGGGAAAAACGCAGCACAGUCCGCCGGCGAGCUGGGCGAACCUGACGCCUCCUGCGCGUUGUCUGAAACUCUGAACAAGCAAGGAGAGAACGGGAGACUCUGCGCGCCUGCCUUCCGCUCGGAGAGCAGAGAGGGAGUUGAGGAGACGCAGGACAGCGGAGAAGAGGAGCCUGUCGGCCCACGAGAGACUCCGCCGAGUCCUUCGCUGUCCCUCCUGGGUUUUGUCUCCGCUGUCGGGGCGUGCGAUUUGAGCGGCCUAGACGGUCCUGCGGCUGCAUCUCUGCAUCCAGAGUCUGUCACCGAGGGCGAUUCGUCAUGUGAAGCGACCGCCCAGAACAUCCACGCUUUGUCUGUUUUGUCAGAGGAACCUUCAAGUCUCGCACCGAUCUCGGCGCCUUCCGGCGACAUUCUGCUCCCGCCCGGGCCCUCGCGGCUGCCUUCCGUUUCCGGUUCCUCCUCGUCUCCUGCCUGUGCUUUCCUCGCUCCAGCGGGCGCAGUGACUAGCGGUCCUGAGGCGGGCGGCGAAGACACGCGAGAAGAAAGGACUCCGUGCGAGGAAGGCGACGCCGCGACAGCAGAAACCUCAGGGAGCAGAUCAGAGGCGGGACGAGAACAGGAGGCUCACCGGCAAGAAGACGACCGGGGAGAAGGACGUGUUUCAGGAGAGCCGCAAGAGACGUUAGACAGCCGAGAGGCCGGACAGCCGUCCACGUCACAAACAGCCGACGCUCCGGAGGACACCAGAGCCUCUGAGACUCCAGAAGCUCCAGACUGCCUCUCCGAAGGGACUCAAGAGGCCGCCGGGGCUAGCGGCAACGAAGAAGGUGAACUGGGGACACUGCAGACAGGAGAGGAAAAGAGAGUUGAGGAAGAAGAAGAGGGAGUUCAAGAGGGAGAACAAGCGACAAGUCAAGAGCAAGAAGAAGAGAGAGGCCAGGAGGGGGAACAGGAGACAGAUCCGGACGACGCACAGGGGAUACGUCAGGAGGGGGGACAGGAGACAAGUCUGGAGGAAGCACAGGGGAUACGUGAGGAGGGAGGACAAGAGACAGGUCAGGAGGGGAAACCAGAGAAACUUCCAAAGAGGGAACACGAGAUAAAUCAAGAGGAAGAACAAGCGAGCCUGCAGGAGAACGAAGAGGAGAGAGAGCGCGAAGACGGAGAACAAGAACAGGAGCGCGGGCAGGAGGAAGACCGCGGAACCGUCGACGAAGAAGAGAGUGUGCGAGAAGGUUCUCUCGGAGACUUUGAGGGUGCCAAGGAGCUCGGAGAUCAGGGACGCGUGUCGGACUCCGGUGCGGAGAUUCGUGCUUGCAUAUCGGACGCGCUUGAGUCUCUUCCUUCUGUCUACGCGUUCGUCCAGACGACCGUCGCGGAUUUGGCCCAUAGCCAGGUGGACGGGAAGGUGGCUUGUGAGGCACAGGACGCCGGUGAAGAGAAAGACAAGAAGGAAGUCGCGGGAGAAAGAGAGGUGACAAGUGAAGAAAGCGAGCGAGGAAGAGCGGGGGAAAUCGAAGCACACAGUGAGGGAGAAACUGACGAACAAGGAGAGGAACACAUUGACGAACAAAGUGAGGAAGAACGUGAAGGACAAGGAGAGGAAGACAUUGACGAACAAAGUGACGAAGGCAUUGACGAACAAAGUGAACAAGACAUUGACGAACAAAGUGAGGAUGACAUUGACGAACAAAGUGAGGAAGACUGUCAAGAACCAAGUGAGGAAGAACGUGCAGAACGCAGUGAGGGAGAAACUGACGAACAAAGUGAGGAAGAACGUGAAGGACAAGGAGAGGAAGACACUGACGAACAAGGAGAGGAAGACACUGACGAACAAGGAGAGGAAGACAUUGACGAACAAGGAGAGGAAGACACUGACGAACAAGGAGAGGAAAACAUUGACGAACAAGGAGAGGAAGACAUUGACGAACAAGGAGAGGAAGAACGUGACGGCGAAGGAGAGGAAGACAUUGGAGAACAAAGUGACGAAGAACGUGGAGAACAGGUGGGAGAAAGCGAAGGAGGAAGCGACGGAAGCCGAGCGUCUUCUGUUUUCCGGUUUCCAGUACCGGACGAGACACGACCGUCGGAGAGUCGGAGUUUCGCAGAGCACUUCUUGAUCUGCACGAGAUCGCCCUCUGAACUUUCGCGUCAGUCAUCCGGUAGCACGUUACGAAGCGCAGCUGUCCUGUUUUCGCAGACACCUGCCUUCGCGACCAGUCAAGAGCCUUCGUCUGGCUACCCGCCUUCGGUCGCCACCAGCUUUGCAAGACUCCAGUUCAGUGCGCGUUUCGCAGACUCUCCGCCGAGCCUUCCUCGAGCGUUGCCUGAACCGGCCGCAGCAAACUCUCCAGAGAGAGAAGAGACAGGAGAGACGAAACACGGCGAGGAAAACGAGGAGAGCCGGUCACCGGCGGAGCAAGGGCUGUGUCCUGGAGUCGAGUCCCCUCUUGGCUCUGAACCAAAGUUAGGUCGGGAAGAUCUUCCGGCUGUGUCCACUUGGCCCCUGGUGCAUCUGGUGCCCGACGCGUUUCCCGCAGCCUCGGAAGAACCGCACGGAGAAUCCGAGGGGCAGACGCCAGUUGCGUGCGCGGAAGUGGAGGGCGAACCGCACCGCGGCGAAGGCCCCACGUCGCGAUUCGGUUCUCCCGUUUUCGGAACCGUUCUCGCUUCUUCCUCAGUCUCCGUUUCGUCUGUGGAACUCCCGCUGGGCUCCGAGGCAGGCCCUGAGACCACACCAGCGCCAUCUUGUCUUCAUUCACCAGGUUGGUCCGCGUCCGUGGACGAUUCCCUAGUUCCCCUCGCCAGCGCUCUGUCGCCUGUGUGGGGGUGUCCGUCGAAAACCGACUCUCCGGUGUCGUGUUUCUCCUUCUCGGCAAAGCGCACGGCAGGCGACGGCCAGGACGAGACAGCCGCCGAGCAGGAAGCGGAAGGACUCGACCGUGCUACGCCCGCAGGCGGCUCGGCUCCGUCGCGAGUUCCUCAAGCUGUAGAACCGACUCCCUGUUCACUCUCUGCUUCGUUCUCUCCGUCGCUUUCCGCGGGAGUUGCGCCGUCUUCGUCUUCGCAGGCGUCCGACGAGGCGAAACUCGGACGAGCGCCCGGUGCUUCCUCGUUUGCUGUCGGCACUUCUCGCAGUCUCUCCCAGACCCGCGUGGUCAGGCGAGUGGUUCUGUCUCCUCAGGCGCCGCGGGCGCCUCUCGAGUCGCGAGCCCUCAGCGCCAGCGGAGCAAAGCUGGUGGCAGAUAACCCCGUCGGUCUCCCUGCGUGUGCGUCCGGAGAGCGAAGCGUCGUCAAAGGGCGACCUUUGCGGAGUGGAAAGACUCUUUCAGGGGAGGAAACAGACGACGUAGACCGGGAGCCGGCCGACGUUUCUCGGCCUCGGGUCGGCCAGCGCGAAGACAGCUUUUCAGUGGGCACCGCAAUCCUUUCGUUCUCGAGACCGGCCCGGGAGCCUUCUUUCGAUUCGCGUACUCGCUCUGGAUCUGCAGCUUCUCUCUUCUUUCUGGACAGCGGCGAGCAGGAACGCGCUACCCUGCCACUCUCUGCGCGAUCGCGUCAAAGGUCCGCCCCUCGCGCCUCCCAGGCUGCCGCUGGUUACACGCUUUCGCUGCCUUCUUCCUGUGCUUCAUCGUCUUCGCCGGCGUCGCCUCUGCCGGACAUCCUAGAGGAGCGAGGGGAGCAACUCCAAGAGAGCGGCGAGUCUCCGUCCCCUUCGGCUGCUUCGAGGUCCCCCUCAGUCGGACGUCUUUCCGAUAACGCGAAGAGCGAGGCGACGCCCGUCGGCGAAGGCGCCGCGCAGUCCUCUCGUUCGGCUUCCGCCCGGGGCCGCUCUGGUCGCCCGUCGUCAGCUUCGAAGAAGAGAAACGCCUCGAACAAGAAGGAAGGGAAGGCCUCUUCGCGGUCGAAACGCGACGGUCGCCGGCGUCUUCGAGAGCGCGAAGUCGCCCCACACGAGGCGCGACUUCCGUCGCCUCCCGACACGGUCCUUCCACGGAAAUUCAGGCCUGCGCCGAUCCCACGAAGAGACCAACCCGGAGGAAAAGAAGGCGAACUCGACUCGAGCGCCGUCGUCGCGGAGAGUUUGGACGCUCAAGUACAGCAACUUGUCCUGUCGCCAACGGCGUGCGUUCCCUCACCCCGCCACCAAGAAACGGGUUCUCCGUCACCUUGCUCUUCGUCGCCCUCUGUCGUUCUUUCGCGCUCCGUCCCCACCCCGGAUUCGGGCGGAACUGAGUGUGCAGCAGUGCGUUUGCCCACACCUGCUGGCCGUUCGUCUGCGUCUUCGCUCUCGCUUUCCGCUGAGUCGCCGAGGAAGCGUUUGAAGGAGAGCGACUUUCGCCAAACCGAGGAUUCCGCUCCGCCUCCACCGCGCGCUGCAUCGUCGCUUGCACUUGAAGGACACCCAACUGCGCACGACGUUGGCUCUUCAUCCUCAUCUUCAACAUCUUCGUCUUCACAUUCCUCUGCUUCUCCCCUUUCGACUUCCUCUUCAUCAUUUUCUGCGUCGUAUUCGUCUCAGCCUGAGCACCACUCCGAUCGGAAUCCUGUUCACGUACCUGUCCAGUUCUCCGAUUCAGCGGUCCCGUUUCAUGCUUCGGCAGUAUCGCAAUCUUUGCUCCCGGCCACGCAGUCCUGCUUUGGCGUUAUCGAGGAAUCGUCCGCUCUGGGUUCUCAAGAGCAGCCUUCGCAAGCGUCUCACUCCAGUUGUGCGUCGCGGUCGCAUUCCGCGCCUUCCGAAUCCCCAACGAAGAUGUUUGCCUCAUCCCCGCGCUCAAACUCGCCAGAGUUCAUCGUGCCUCUGACGCGAGCGGAAGCCGAAGAAAUGCACUUAAACAACCCACGGACUGGUCGGCGGCCCUGGCUCUGUGGAAACACCGGAGUCGGCCGCCUCUCGGGCGCCGGCUCGCCUCGGAAAUCGGCUCCCCGAAAGCUUGGAGAGACACGGGCCCCCGCUGGAAAAGGCGGUGUAGCGGACUGGUGUUCGCCCUGUUGUGGACAGGCACAGGGCGGCUCGCCCCUUGCCCACGCCGCCUACCCGCAGUACGUCGUGUCGACCGCUUCCCAGGGCACUGUCGCCUCGCGGUACGGCCCAGGGACAGGCGUCUCUCGGCCAGGAAGCCCCGCGCGCGUCUACUACGCUCGCCCCGAGGCGGCGCGACCUGUUAGGCACGUGAAUCCGGGAGCAGCGCCUCAAGCGCCGCGCGCGGGAAGCGUCGCUCCGAGCCCAGCUGGCGCUGGCCGCUCGCCUGUCUCCCCGACCGUGAGAGGCGUCUCCGCGUCUCCAAGAUGCACGGGACGCCGGUACACCCCAGGGGCGUCCCCUCGCUCGGUUGGAGGGACUCCGCACAUGCACACAACGGCGCGCGUCUGGCGGUCGGUCACGCCUCCGCGGAGUCGGUCUUCGGCGCCAGCUGCGGGGCCGGAAGGCUUCAAGACGACGGUCUAUCCCGCGUACCAGGCAGGGACGUACGUGCCGUCCUGUCAGGGAAUGGCCUAUGCGGUUCACGGCGCGACUCCGGCUGACGCCGCAGGAGCGAACGGCGCCCCGCGGCCGUAUUACGUGGCGAGUGCGCAGCCGAAUGUCACUAGCGUGGCAGCGGCUGCCUUGCAGCCUGGCUGCGGGUCGCCCUCCGUUUCGAAAACGGUGAUUUACCAGAGUGCCCGAUCGCCGUAUCAGGGAAUCCGGUCCGCGUACACCCCAUCUGGCCCGUGGUGCGUCCCUCCUUCUCACCCCAUUGUGUCGACAGUCCCCACGCCGAGCUUCGGACCCGCAGGGGUGUCGCAAGCCCCUGCAGUUGCCUCCGUUCCUUCUGUCGCCACAGGCUGGCCUCGAACCUUCUUUGGGAGUCCCUCCGACUCCGACCUGCCUCCGAGUGUCCAAAUAAGCCCGCCAGCGCCGCCAGUCGCAGGACUCUCUUCCUCAACUGGACAGUCGACCAGUCCACAGGCCGAGGGCGGCCAGAAACAGGAGGCGGCGUUGUCGACACCCGGGACGGCGCCUCUCGAAGCCCCGCGAACGCCUGCAGCCUCGCCCCUGACUCCAGGGCUGUCUGCCCCGUCGCCUGCAGCCUCGACCGCGUCGCCUGCAGCCUCGACCGCGUCGUGUCGCCGCCUCAACAGUCGGCCUCUCGAAGGUGCAGGAGCGUCGGGGCUCUCGGGGACGUUCUGCAGCCUCGCGGUCGCGCCUGUCCUUCCUGCCGCAGCGGCUGUGUCGACGUCGCCCCUUCACCGCAUGGCUUCUGUCCCCGUGAGUGGUCUGAGUACUCUCCCCGUAGAGACCCGCGCGUUGCGAAAGGCAAGUGGCGACAGUGCGAGGCCUUCGAAACAGAGCAGUUGCCUCGGACGCGACGGACAUGUCGAGGCUGCCUCUGAGGUCGGUGCACGCCGACCGCAGCCGGCGAACGGGCUUUCAGAGCCGACGGGAAAGGACGGGAGAAACGCGCCUGAGCCUCUCCGGGGGAAUUCGGGAGGCACGCCCGAGGGCGGGGAGCGUGAAGGCAGUGGAAUCGGCGAAGGAAACGCUUCAGGAGACGCCGACGGCCCCGCCAGAAAAGGCUUCUGGUACAGAAGUGUCUCCACGAACGAGGAUUGCGAUGAGACGCAAUGGGAAUCGAGAAACGCUUUGAGUGACCCCGGCGACCACAUGUUGAACACCCUUGACAAACUGGCAAAGGUCCAAGACAAACUGGAUUUUCUUCAGCAGCAGGUCCAGCAGCAGACGAAAGAGCUUCAGACCUAUUACAACUCGUACAAAACGGCUGAAGAAAUCAAGGACGCCUUGGAGACCUCGAUGGCAGACUGCACCGUCUGUUUCAGCCGGCGGUCUGCGCAGCUGGGUGAAGUGGAAAAACGUCUGAAAGUCCUCACGGCUGAAAGCCUUACUGGAUGCUCGACAGCAGAGUUGGAAGAGCUUGCACAAGAGUUAGAGACAACCCUCUACAAGAUGACCGCUGUCCAGACGCAGAGAGCAGCAGGAGUGGCGGAGUACUGCGCGGAGGAGCCCCCGCGACAGCUUCUUCCAUUCUCUUCAGAUUGCCUUCCGGAGCCGAAGACAACCUUCAUCAUUCCGGAAGAACCGGCCGCGAUGGUUGCCGUGGAUGACUGCGUGACGUUGGGAGAAGAAAUCGACACGGAAAUGGAGGAUAUCUUGAAAGAUUUGAGACAGGCACAGAAGAUGCACGAGGCAUUCAGAAAGGAAUACAAACGCAUACAGAUGAAAGUUGAGCAGGAGGUCAACGUCUUCGACGUCGAUUUGCGCAAGCUAACGAGUGUUGAGAGAACCCUGGAAGAGCGCCUACGCAGGCUUCUCUGUCUCACUGGAGACACGGACUACGCAGACGUGAGCGAGAAUGCUCUCCAGGAGUGCUUCCGGACGGUCAACUACGCGGUGCGUCGGGUGUAUCGACACCUGGCGCUCAAAGAGGCAGGCCAUCCACCGCCGUGUCCUUCGGGUUCGACUGGUCAUGCCGAGUCGAAGAAAAGCUGCACGCAGCAGCACUCACAACCGCGCGACACCAGGACGUCGAGCAGCGGUGCUCCGCAACGCCCGGCGACCCAGGAAGACAGUGAAGAUCCGCAUGCACAGUCAGCGUUUCCUAUUGUUCCGUACUCGCCAAUUGGGCGCACCUCCCCGUCUCUUCAUCGAGGACGCGGUCGCGACACCGGUGAGGCGCCUCAGCAGCGUCGCGGUCCUCUUGCUCUUCGCGACAGCUCCGCUUCUUUGGAACAUCCUCCGGCCCCGACAGGCGAGCAGCCUCGGUUGGGCCAGGCGUCCGCUCCAUGGCGGCAGGGGCUGCAGAACUACAGGCUCGUGGUCACUCCACAUUCGGGCGUCUCGGGUUCCGCUGCGCUUUCUGCGCCGUCGUCGACGCAGCAGGACUACGGUGCGCUGCAUCCACACUCGUUUUCUCGCGGACGCGUUUCCGGGAGGUUGCCGUGGCGGCAGGGGCAGUCCCCAGACAGAGCGCGGCGAACUUCGCGGGACGAUUAUAUCGCCGGUGCAACGACGCCGCUUCGGACGGCGGCCGCGAAGGCCGACGCGGGCCGAGAAGCGUCGUUGAAGGCGAAGCGACUGGCGCGAGGCGAAGAAACGGAUGAAGAAGGAUUUGCGAUCGAAGAUGGCCAAUACACGUCGUCGGUUUCUGGGUCAGAUCGGGAAGGGCGAGAGGACUUCCAGCAGCUGCGUCAGACGGGUGCCUUGUCCAGUGGGCCAUUCGUUCCUUCUCCGCGCGAUGCGGACCGUCAGUUGGUGCCUAGGAAGACUGUCCCCUAUGGGGCGUCUAUCCGCCCGUCCGUGUUUCACACCCAGGAAGAUCUUGCUGUCUUUCGUGAAGAGAGAGAGAACGCGAGACAGCUGCGCUAUUCUCUCGCCCGGUCGCGAGAGGCGCCUAGCACGCGGGGACGACUGGAAAGCACAGAGAGCGUGAUCAGUGCCCGAAGCUACCCCGGAAGCCUCGCCGCGGAUGCGACGCACACUUUGGCGAAGAUGCCUUUCGCCUGCCCUGGAACAGGGAACCUGUUGCGCCUCUCGCCGAGUCUGAAGCCUGGAACUCAGCGGAUCAGCCACGGCUCGCACAUCACCUCGCCUCCGCAGUCCGUGAGCCUCUCACCUCUCAGCACGGAGCCCGCGGAGAGAGGCACCCGCGCGGGGACAGCUGACAGGCAGCAGGAGAGUUUGGAGCCCGAGCUGGAGGGCCAGGCGCGCUUGUAUCAGCUGCAGGAGGUCCGUGAGAGGGCUCGCGCACCGGACGAGAAGGCCCGCGAGGAAGUAGAGAGAAUCCAGAGCACUUGCGAACGCGACAGACGCGACGGCGGACGGGAAGGCGACGGUUCUUCCAGUCGGCGGAGACGUCUCCUGGCAACGGCCUCUGCAGGCGCACUGCCUAGUCCUCCUUCGUCUCUGGGGCGUGGUGUGGUCGCGGGUGAUGAUGUGAGUCGAGCUGCGCAGGCGCAGCUGACGGGCCGUGUCGCCAAGCCUUUAGAGGACACGGUAGAUGGAGAAAGACAGCAGAUUGCUUCGGGGGGACGGCGUCGAACGACGGUGGAAGAAGGAACUGCCUCUCGGGAACUCGUUAGAUCUCGGCAGUUCAGUUCGCCAGCUCUUCCUGAGGGAACGCGCGAAGCGACAGCACCACAUGAGGCCGGAGAAGCGAAGCCAGAUCUCUCAGAGCCCCGGUCUGCUCGGGGGUCGGCAGUGACACUCGAGCGGGGAUUCUCCGUGAAACUCCUCCGGGACGGCAGCAUCGGCUCGGAGGGCAGUGUCUAUCUGCCAGCGAGCCUCGUUGAAGGCGCGUCGCGUCGGGGGACUGUUGAGAGCACGCUCAGUGAAACACUCCCGGAAAAAGAGGACGCCUUGCUGCUGCAUCAAAAGGCCGCAGUGAUGCUGCGACAGGGCGCUGGGCGGCGCGCAACCACAGGUGAGCUCGACCGGCCAACUUCGAUUGUUCCCCAUAACUCGCUCCGGUCCAGCGACGCGGGGGACUCUCCAGGUCUUCAGUUAGCGAGGCCGGGAGACGAUCCCCGGAAUGCGUCGGGCAAACGCCCAAAAAGGCUCUCUGCGGCACUAGAGGCUCUGGGGCAGUCGGAACAACUUCCCGUGCUUCGGCAGUUGGCGGCGAAAUCGUCGUCUGUCAGCGAGGGGAGGCCUACGCUGGCACACACAGGAAACGGUGAAUCGGGAAGAAACUCAACGGAUGGACAGGACCGAGCGAUUUGGUCCCCCGGUAGCACUCUUGCUCGUGUCGAGCGCCGCGUGGUGCCAUCCAAGGCGGUAGGAGCAGGAGUCAGACGACCGGCGAUAGCAACGUCCUCUGUUUCCGCGUUGCCAGCGCCGGAAGCGGGGACGGAUGAACGAGGACUAAACCUUUUGGUGCGUUCUGACGAAUUGGCCGUGGCGACGACGAGGUCAGAGGAAGCAAAUGCAGACACUGCAAUAGCAACAGGAACCGAAGGGGAACGGGCCAAGGAGAGGCGGCGAAACAACCAUGAACUUGCGAUGUUGGGAAAAAACGCUGUAAGCGCCGGCAGUAGACGUGUGACUCAGGAACAGGCAAGAAGCGGGCUUGCCGCUCCAACGCACGUUGAAUACCCGCCGAGUGAAAUGAAUUCGGGCGAUUCAAGUGGCGACGAAAUGUCUGACACAGGUAAUGCAUCAGGAAGGAGUCACCGAGUGAAACACCGUGACAGGGAGGACAGCAGGGCAACUGGAAUGGAUGAGGCAGAGCGUCGGGGACGCAUUGGGAGUCUUCCUGAUGAAAACUCAAAUGAAGUUUUCGUUUCAGCGGCUUCGUGGGUACCCCCCGAGGACGACGGUUCCGAGCGAAGUGAAGAGAUGUGA